UAUCACGAAUUGAACAAUAACAAGUGAUAUUCAUUAUUGGCAGAAGUCUUUCACGACCUCACUCUCAAAAUAUCAUUUGUCUCAAAUAAAUUGGCAUGGCUGAUCUUUCAUUUAUUUUCAGCAUAUUAAUCCUGGUACUUCGUUGUAACAACGUUGACGGGCAAGCAAUUAUAAAAAAGCUCAAUAACAGACCGAUCAUUGGAGUGUUAAUGCAGUCAACUAAAAACAUGCCAUUUAAAUCAAAGGCACCAAACUACAUUGCUGCAUCGUACAUCAAAUAUCUCGAAUCAGCCGGAGCUAGAGUCGUGCCAAUAUCGAAUAAACUUACAGAAGAAGAAACGGAAGACAUCUUUUACUCCAUUAAUGGCGCUCUUUUUCCAGGGGGAAAUGUUGAACUUCAGGAUUCUGGGUACGCCGUGACUGCCAGAAGAAUUUUGAAAUUAGCAAUGCAAGCACAUUCAAAAGGAAAGUAUUUCCCAAUAUGGGGCACUUGUCUUGGACACGAGUUCCUCGCAGCAUACGUUGCAAACGCAACCGGCGACGUGCUCUCCUAUACUGACUCGAUAAAUAUAACUUUAACUAUGAAGUUUGCCAAAGGUUAUGAGAAGAGUCGAUUGUUUCGGUCAAUUCCGCCAUUUUUGAAAUCAUAUCUAAGUAAAGUACCAGCCACCGCAAAUUUUCAUCAUUUCUCGGUAACGUCAGAAACAUACAAAAAUAAUAAAAAAUUAACCGAUUUCUUUCAAGUCCUGUCAACUAGCGUGGAUCGCAAGGGAGUCGAAUUCAUUUCUACAAUGGAAGCGAAGAAUUAUCCGAUAUUUUCGACGCAAUGGCAUCCCGAAAAUGCGUUUGAAUGGUACUUGAAAUAUCGAGAUAAUCAUGAACAGGGAGGGAUUCUUGUCACACAGUAUAUGGCUAAUUUCUUCGUUAGUCAGACUCGUCUCAAUCACAACAAAUUUGAGUCACGUGAAAAAGAAGAAGCAGCAUUGAUUUACAACCAUGCUCCAAAAUACACAGGAAAUAUUUCAGGCUUUGAGCAAUGCUAUUUUUUUGACUAAGUGGUUGAAAAUAGAACAUGAAAAUAACACAGGCUACAUGAUUUUAAAUAGUAGAAAUCAUACAGUUAGACUAAAAAUUGAAAAGACAUGUUUUACAAAACAUUAUAGGAUAUAGAAAAAAUUAUGUAAAUCCCAUAAUAUGUACUGCACAAGAUCAUCACUAGAAUUUCAAUAGCAAUGCAAAUAAUUACGCUUCUGAGAUUUGA